GGCACAGGAAGCCUGGAGCUGCUCCGUGGCCACCAGCUGAGUUCUCCACUGGAGAAGAGAAAGGAAAGCAUAGACAGACUUACAUAUUCUCGCUCUCUCGCUCUCUUGCGCACACACACACUGGCACACACAUUCUUUCUUUUUCCACCUCCACCCCCUAACACAUCUGCUGCUGCUGCUGCUGUUGCUGCUGCUGCUGUGCUGCUCUCCGGGAAGUAGGAGCGAGACAAAGUGAUUCCUGCGAAAGAGAGCAGUUCUCUAGUGGAGGAAAGGCAGACCAAGAAGCAGAGCUGCACAACUUGGGACGGAGUUUGCCUUGUAAGGAAACCAGUGCUUCAUUGCCAAGGACAGGACCUCGGAGGAGAGCAUCACUCAAGGGACGCUUCAGGGGACGUCUCCAUCCGCCUGGUUUUUGACUCCAGAGAAACUUCCAUCAUUACCUCCAAAAGCGAAGACGAUUUUUUAACCCUGGCCGCCUCCAGGCUGAGCCGCAAAAAAAGGGUCAUUGGGGCCGCCAUUGGGGUGGCCAUGGUGCUGGUACUCUUGGUGGCCAUCCCGUUGCUGGUGCACAGCUCCAAAACCACCUCCCACUAUGAGAUGUUGGGCAGCUGUCGCAUGGUCUGUGAUCCGUACUCUCCUCAGACCCACGGGGCAUCUUCAGCAGAGGCAAGCCAAGAACUGGCUCUCAUCUCACCACCGCCUUACGUGUCUGGAGGGAAAGGAGACCCAGGGAGAAAGGCCAAAUCUGGAAUCCGUGGGCCGCCAGGACCGCCAGGGCCACCUGGGCCCCGAGGUCCAGCCGGAGAGCCAGGGAAACCAGGUCCCCCGGGCCCACCGGGUCCAGGUCCUGGGGGUUACAUCCCAUCUUUCUACAGUCCUAAAAUUGCCUUUUAUGCAGGAUUGCGGAAACCACACGAAGGGUAUGAGAUCCUUCGUUUUGAUGAUGUGGUGACUAAUGUGGGAAACUACUAUGAACCAUCAAGUGGCAAGUUUACCUGCCCUCUACCUGGCAUCUACUUCUUCACCUACCAUGUGCUCAUGCGUGGUGGUGAUGGUACCAGCAUGUGGGCAGAUCUGAUGAAGAACGGGCAGGUCCGUGCCAGCGCAAUUGCGCAAGAUGCUGACCAGAACUAUGACUACGCCAGCAACAGUGUGAUCCUGCACCUGGAUGUAGGCGAUGAAGUCUUCAUCAAACUCGACGGCGGGAAGGUUCAUGGUGGAAACACCAAUAAGUACAGCACGUUCUCCGGAUUCAUCAUCUACCCAGACUGAGCUUUCCUCGCUCCAGUUUUUCCCUCCCUGUUUUCCCUCCCCAAAUCCUUUCCCUGUGAGUCAGCUUUUAUUCUUCUUGCCUUUAUCAUCUGUGUGGAUUCCCAGAGGCUCCUUCUGUAAGCUCUGGUCAAUCGAGGAUGAAUCAGAAAAACUUGGAGACGCGGUGAUUCUACCCUCCCCAUCCGGUCCCUCCCAUGGAAGGAGGGUGGGUGAUAAGGGACUUUCUCUGCAUGGGGAAAAUCAGGGAGGGGGUGGAAACAGGGUAAACUAUUAUUAUAUUAUGGUUGGUGGCCCAAUCAACCAGAGGUUUAGAUUGGAUUUGACAUUAUUAUUAUUAUUAUUAUUAUUAUUAUUAUUAUUAUUAUU